GCUUCAUUGUGAAACACACGAUACAUGAGGAAAUAUUUUAUAUAGGCCAUUCCCAGGGCACCACUAUUGGUACGGCCAGAAGGAUUGUGGCUUAUAGUAUGCAAUGUCUUUUGUAGGGUUUGCAGACAUACCUCCUAAGGAUGUGGGCAAGCUCCCAGAGCUACAAGUGACACAAAACAGAGCACCGGGAAGAAGACCCACAGCCUGGCCCUGGACACUUACCCCCUUCCUCCUUCUACCUUGUCUUCUCCAGUCACAAAGAAUUCAUGUAAUAACAGGUUGCCUUUGUUCCCAAGCGUUCAGAAGUUGGAUAUCCAUCUUGGGAUCAAAGUGAGAUCAUAGCUACCCCUUGUUCCACAAAUAGAAAUUUCAUACUUAUAAUUGUCAUUUAAGUGUGGCAAAGGACCUCAUGAGGAGGGGAUGUGAGAAGGCCAUUAAUGCUUACGCAUUUAGGACAGAUUAAACUUUAGACAUGCAUAAAGAUGAGCCUAAGCCUUCAUAUGUUUAAAGAGACUAAAAAAGAACUUCUUUUAGCUCACAGCAACAAUGCUUCCAUCUAAUGUGUAAUAGUUUCACUUUCAGAGGAUAAUUCUCUAAAACCCAACAUAAUUCUCUUACAUGAUGUGGUAAACUUUCUUACUCCCACUCUUUCUACUGGGGAAGUUACAAAGCCUACUUGAUAAUAGCAACCAGUAUUCACUGAUUCUUUUCUAGGCUGAAAAAUGAUCAUUUUCUUAUAGGAAUAAGACACACCCUGCUUUAAAAGAGUAUGUUGAAGAACAGUCUAAUCCGAUUUUCCACAGAUCUUUUCUCUGACAUUUAUUAAUCAUGUGUGUGAGUUGUACUCUGGAUUUUCCAGCUGUAACAGUUAUCUGGAACCAGGAAUCUUGGAAAAUUAUUAAGAAAGAAGUGACUAUGUGCUACAAUUUACUGACUUCUAGUAUGUUAUAUGAUUCUCUGAUUGUGUGCCUUCUUAGAACUCAGAAAACAGAAAAGCUAUAAAAAUAAAAAAGAUGUGGCCUCCCGCUCUGAGCCUCCGUGUCGGCCGGCGUCGUCCCGGGCCCUCGGAGCCACCAUGUCCACUGCCUCCUCCUCCAGUUCCUCUCAGACCCCUCAUCCCUCGCCGCAGAGGAUGCGGCGCAGCGCCGCGGGCUCCCCGCCCGCCGCCCCCUCCGCCGGCAGCAGGAACGGUGCGGGCGGCGGCGGCGUGGGUUGCGCCCCGGCUGCGGGAGCCGGCCGGCUGCUGCAGCCCAUCCGCGCCACCGUGCCCUACCAGCUCCUGCGGGGCAGCCAGCACAGUCCCACGCGCCCACCCGCCGCCGCCGCCGCCGCCUCGCUGGGCAAUCUCCCGGGCCCCGGCGCGGCCCGCGGCUCCAGCCCACCCAGCCCGACGCUGCCGCCGGCCGCGGCCCCGACCGAGCAGGCCCCGCGGGCCAAGGGCCGCCCGAGACGGUCCCCCGAGAACCACCGGAGGAGCAACUCACCUGAGAGACGGAGCCCCGGCUCGCCCGUAUGCAGAGUGGACAGGCCAAAAUCUCAGCAAGUUCGAACCUCUAGCACAAUAAGGCGAACCUCUUCUUUGGAUACGAUAACAGGACCUUAUCUCACAGGACAGUGGCCACGGAAUCCUCAUGUUCAUUACCCUUCAUGCAUGAAAGAUAAAGCUACUCAGACACCUAGCUGUUGGGCAGAAGAGGGAGCAGAAAAAAGGUCACAUCAGCGUUCUGCAUCAUGGGGGAGUGCUGAUCAACUAAAAGAGAUUGCCAAACUGAGGCAGCAACUACAACGUAGUAAACAGAGUAGUCGGCACAGUAAGGAGAAAGAUCGUCAGUCACCUCUUCAUGGCAACCAUAUAACAAUCAAUCACACUCGGGCUGCUGGAUCAAGAUCAGUCCCUAUGCCGCUGUCAAAUAUAGCAGUGCCAAAAUCUUCCGUUUCACGUGUGCCCUGCAAUGUAGAAGGGAUAAGUCCUGAAUUAGAAAAGGUAUACAUUAAAGAAAAUAAUGGGAAGGAGGAAGUGUCCAAGCCCUUGGAGAUCCCGGACGGUCGAAGAGCCCCACUCCCUGCUCACUACCAGAGCAGCAGCACUGGCAGCAUCGACACUCAGACCCCCUCUGUGCAGGAGCGCAGCAGUAGCUGUAGCAGCCAUUCACCCUGUGUCUCCCCCUUUUGUCCCCCCGAGUCCCAGGAUGGGAGCCCUUGCUCAACAGAAGAUUUACUCUAUGAUCCUGAUAGGUCUCGUCAGCCUAUCUCAGCCCCUCUCUUUUCAUGUCCUGACAAAAACAAGGUUAAUUUCAUCCCCACCGGAUCAGCUUUCUGUCCUGGAAAACUUCUAGGCCCUCUCUUACCUGCCUCCGACCUGAUGCUCAAGAACUCUCCUAAUUCAGGCCAGAGCUCAGCCCUGGCCACUCUGACCGUCGAGCAGCUCUCCUCCCGGGUUUCCUUUACGUCUCUUUCCGAUGACACCAGCUCGGUGGGCACCAUGGAGGCCUCCGUCCAACAGCCAUCCCAGCAGCAGCAGCUCCUGCAGGACCUGCAGGGCGAGGAGCACAUCUCUGCUCAGAACUAUGUGAUCAUCUAAAACGGAGGGGGAGCUGGCCUCUACCCUACCUUCACGGAUUAGGAACUAGACCUCAGACAGCUUAUCUGCAUGCAGUGACAAACUUUCAGAACACCACCACCACCAACAGAAUACUUGUCAGCAUCAGAAAGUAUCUCUUAACACUGAUCUUGGCAGGGACGGAACUCCUAUUCAGCAGUUUUUGUGGAAAGCAGGACUGCUUGCAAAAUGUGUGUGUCAUUCAGCGUUUUAAGUGGAGACUAUGCAUUUCAUAGUAUGUUUGACAGAUUAGCACUGUGUCCUGUGUUUUGUUCCAAAUUCUUCAGUAUAAAUAAGCUCUAUAUCAAAAAGUUGCCUGUCUAAGUAGAAAAUGUCUUGCUGUGUUUUGUCCUAUGGAAAAUACUGUACUUCAGGAUCAUGUUUACAAUUGAUCCAGGUGUUUGUUUCUAACUUCUAUAAUACAUACAAUGCAAAAAAAUAAAUAAGUAAAUGGCCACAACAGUUGCACAGUGCCCACCCUAUGGCCUAGCUUCAGGUACUUCAGUUGAAGUCUAAACUCAGGUAACUUGGAAUGUAUAUCAUAUUGGGAUAUUAAAUAUUUCACAGCUAAAAAGCCAAAGAGGGAACAUCACUCUUUUGCCUUUCCUUAUUUUAUGCAUUUCCCUUUCCUCAUUACAUUCCACAUUCUUCGAAUAAGAAGUGCAUUCAACCCUAGGAGAACAAUAAUCCUGGACAUGGGUGAACAUGAGGAGAACCAGCAAAUCUGUGGUGUCUGACAUCACUUUUGUCGUGCGGUUACAAGUAAAACACAACUGUUGAAUUCACUGUUUCAACAUGUGUACAUGUGGCUUUUUUUUUUUUUUAAGCAAAUUCCGGUGUUGCUCAGUUCCUGACUGUUACAAUGUUGCAAAUGAAGUGUCUCCGGUACCAGGCUGUACAUAAACAUUCCAAUUGUGCGUGUUGGAAUUUAACAAGAAAGUCUAGGUUUAAUUGCAAAAAAAAGUGAACUCUCACAAGGGAUGGGUGAGAUUUUUUUGUUUAUAUUGGCCAGCAAAGUCACAAAGUGCUGUUUUAGCUAAAGGCAUUAUUAAUGUUCAGUUUCUCUCUCGGAAGUUCUUUAACUUGAGGGUUUACAAAUGUCACACUUUUUGGUUCUUGUUUUCCUCCAGCAGUUGAGGUGCAUGAGUUGCAUUCAUGUGGAGAGAGAAUGUGUGGGUCUCAGAAGCAGUGCAGCACAGAAAGCUGGUUGUUUGGUGACUUAGAAAAGCAGUAGUUUGCAGCUGUCUCUUCAAGCCUCUCCUCACAGUAUCAUGGAUGGUUCUGUUAGUAUUUCAGAUGUGCAAAGUAAAGCAAAAACCCAAGUAAAUCGCCUUGCACUUGCAGACUCGACCUGAAUUCUCAACGAAGUUGUGUGAUGAGAGCCCUAGAUAAUCCCAGUUGGUCAGUGGAAGAGCCCAACUCUCAGACUUUGUUUUCUGCAGCACAAAGAGAGUCUCCAAAAGCAAAGGGAAGUUUUUGUAUUUUUAUUCCAUUGCUUUUAGUUCAGUAAAGCAUAGAGUUGUUUCAUCUGUACCUACAGUAUAUGGCACUGUUUUCUUAAGAAUUAGGGGAAUAAGGUGCUUACAGUCACAGGAACGUUUCAGUUCCCUUCAGUCAUUCCUUGGGGUUUCUUUGUUUUAUUUUCUAAGGAGGUUGAAGAAGGAAGAGGUGAUAGAGAAGAAAGCAACACCAUUGAUUUUUUUUUAAGAAAUUAUACAUAUAUAUGUAUAUGUAUAUGUUUGCGUGUGUAUGUAUUCUGUGUAUCAUUUUGUCAUGAUCCCAAUUAUCUUCUUUCCACCAAAGUUUGCAGUAAUAUUCUCUCCUAAAGGUGCAUUCUGGCUCCUUUAAAAUUAGUCAGUGUUAUAUUGUAGGAGACUGUCAUGGAAAAGGACUCAGUUUACUUUUGCCAUUUUCACAGGGGAACCUUUUAAAACAAUCUCUUCAGCAGCAGACACCUUUCACCCUAAUAAUCUCAGGCCUUGAUGAAAAUACUAUAUUUUGUAGAUUAUGGUUAAAGGGAGAAAAUUAUUAGUUCUGUAAGAUAAAUAUGAGCUCCAUUAACUUCUGAUAUCUGGUUUAGCAUUACAUAAUGUGUUGAUCUUACGCUCUGCUUUUGUCCAAAUAUGAUGCAAUAGUGUAUCAAUAUCAAUUUCUGAAAGAUGGACUGAAUGCUUUUUUGGUGAUGAAAUCUGAUGUACGAUAUUUAUAGUGACAUGUGCUUUUAUUUUCUCAUGAGAAAUUAAAUAUUAAUUGUGUUGUACAUUUGUUCUUAGCAUAUAUUAAAGUUUUGAACCAAAUGUGUUAAAGCGUAUGCUUUGCCACGUAAACUUCCCAGAAGUUGUUGAGCUCAAAUGUAUCCUACAUCCAGCUGUAGAAAUUUGUCAGAAAUUGUUUAAAUUUUGUAUAUAGUUGUACUGUUUAAUUCUAGCCACUGCGCUGAACAGUAUUGGAGUUACCAUACAAUAUGGCUUUACACAAGGAAAUGUGUGGCUUUUGUUUUGUAUUUUUUCGGUAUAGAAGUUCCUGUGUCUUAUUUAAAUAAAGUUAUUAGUAAAACUGGAAAAAAAAAAA